UGUUGCACGCUCAUUCUUUAAUCUCCAUGUAGUAACACAAGACGCGCUCUCCAUGUCAGAUAAGUCUUUUUUAAGAUGGGCACACGGAUCAUUUUAGAAGACGUUCUCUUCAAGAAAUCACAACAAAAGCGAAGGACAUCACCUAGCAAUUACAAACAGAGGUAUUUUGUUUUAAGCUCAGAGGAUCUGACCUACUUCGAGUACCGCACGGGGAAAAAGCCAGUUUUGAAAGGCUGCAUUGAACUGUCCCGAAUAAAGUGUGUGGAGAUAGUGUGCAGCGAUGUAUCAAUACCGUGCAAUUUCAAAUAUCCCUUCCAGGUUGUCCACGACAGCUACUACCUGUAUGUGUUUGCUCCAAGCAAGGACUGUCGACAGCGAUGGGUCAGAGCUUUGAAGGAAGAAAUAAAGAAUAACAAUUUAGUUCACAAGUACCAUCCAAACUUCUGGGUGGAUGGGAAGUGGAAAUGUUGUCAGCAAAACGAGAAGUUGGCACCAGGAUGUUCUGAAUACGAUCCAAAUGGAAAUGCUUCCAAAAAACCUCUCCCACCAACACCAGAUCCUCAGCGCCGGUUCUCAGACCCAGGGGAGAUGGUGGUGGUAGCCCUGCACGAUUUCAUCCCCCAAGGGACCCAUGACCUCCCACUACACAAGGACGAGGAGUACAUCGUCACGGACAACUCAGACCCCAACUGGUGGACCGUCCAGGACAGGAAUGGGCACAAAGGCUUUGUACCAUCCAGUUACAUCGCUGAGAAAUCUCCAAAUAACCUGGAGAGGUUUGAAUGGUACAACAAAGACACAACCAGGGCCAAGGCCGAACAGCUGCUCUUCAAAGAGGACAAAGAGGGGGCUUUCAUGGUGCGGGACUCCAGGCACGCAGGGGUGUACACCGUGUCAGUGUUCACUAAAGCCCUGGGGUCAAACGGGGAGAAUAAUCCAAGGGUUAAGCAUUACCAGAUCAGGGAGACGAUGACAGAGGAGAACAAGUACUACUUAGCCGAAAAGUACCUCUUCAACACCAUCCCCGAACUCAUCCAUUACCACCAACACAACGCUGCGGGCCUUAUCACCAGACUGAGGCACCCAGUGUCCACAGGCAGAGACAGAGCUCCAAGGACCGCUGGUUUUUCCUCAGACAGUUGGGAGGUCGACCCGGGGGAGCUGUCGUUGGGCAAGGAGGUGGGCAGCGGGCAGUUCGGCGUGGUGCUGCUAGGAUACUGGCGCGACGUGAAGGUGGCGGUGAAGAUGGUGCGCGAGGGGGCCAUGUCAGAGGAGGAGUUCAAGGAGGAGGCGCAAGUCAUGACGAAGCUGUCCCACGCCAAGCUGGUGCAGCUCUACGCCGUGUGCACACAGCGUGUCCCCAUGUGCCUGGUCUUCGAGUUCAUGGAGAACGGCUGCCUGUUGGACUACCUGCGGAACCAGAGGGGCUGCCUGUCGCGGGAAACCAUGCUGGGGAUGUGCCUGGACGUUUGCGAUGGCAUGGCCUACCUGGAGAGCGCCAAUUUCAUCCACAGAGACCUGGCUGCGAGGAACUGUUUGGUUUCAGAGAAUCAGGUGGUGAAAGUCUCAGAUUUUGGUAUGACCAGGUUUGUCUUGGAUGAUCAAUACACCAGCUCCCUUGGGUCAAAAUUCCCUGUGAAGUGGUCGGCCCCUGAGGUCAUCCAGUACUCCAAGUUCAGCAGCAAAUCUGAUGUCUGGUCCUUUGGUGUGCUGAUGUGGGAGGUGUACAACGAGGGGCGCAUACCAUAUGAGAACCGCACCAACGGGGAGGUGAUGGAGGCCUUAACAGCAGGACUGAGACUACUGAAGCCCAAAUUGGCCCCGGAGGCUGUGUACCAGCUGAUGGAAUGGAGCUGGAAAGAGAAACCAGAAGAUCGGCCCUCCUUCGCGCUACUGUUCCACCAGCUACUCAGCCUGGCAGACCUUUGAAAGAGAAUUGAAGACACACUGUACA